UCAGAGUAGACAGCAAGUGCUGGGUCAUUCUUAUGCCUGAUAUGGGCUUUACUGGGCUGGCGUAGUGAACCCUUGCUCAGAACGGGAGGACAUUGCGUGUAGGCUGCAUCCAGGCCAGGUCUGGCCCCACUCUAGGCUCAUUGGCAGCUGAGGUUUUGCUUGUUUGCCUCUUGGACAGUGGACAAGGAGGCCCUGAUGUUGAGAUCCAUCCAUGUACCCUCAGCAUCUUUCCUAUGUUUCCUUCUGCCCGAUAAGUCAUGUCUUUAGAGUGCACCCUAUGCCCUUGCAAAUGCCUUGCUCAGCAGACCUGUCUGCUGUCUGGGCCUGCUGACUACCGUUUUGCCACUACUAAGCUCAGCCAUCUUCUAUGGGGUAGAUGUGACAGCUAUAAGGGACAGGUGAGAGACAUGUCCUCUAGACAAUUUUUUAAGGUAGUUUCAUUAGUCCAACCUUGUACAUAGUGAAGUAAACUCUAGCCAAGGAGGCAUGUGUUUCCAAGGCUGCUGCAAGCCAGGGUGAUUGGCUUCCAGGCCCGUGCUUCUUCCCCUUUCCCUGAGACCUCCUGGGUCAUGUGGUCUGCUGGAGAGGGUGACUGUUCCCAGAUAGAACAGAGCCUCUGCCCCUCCUCCAGAUUCCUAGUGUUGCUGCUGGGAUGUGAGAUGCUGUGGUGCUCACAUCUCUUCAGGUUCCCCCACAUGGUCCCCAAUCCCACAUUUUCAUUUUACUUUUGUGUCUUUAUUUUACUUUAAGUGUUUGGGGGACACAUGGCAGAGGGGCCCAGCUCCCAGCUGUCAAGUCAGCAGCCUGAGAAUUUCCCCUAGUUUUAAGGACCUAGUCUCAGAUCACACCAGGCUUUGAUGAUGAAAAGAAUUCCAGGCUAGCCAGUUUAGGAAGCAGAGUUGGAGAUUGUGUUAAAGAUAUUUAAAUAGAGGCUUAAGUAUGAAGAUUAGGCACAAAAGAGGUGCCCAAAAGAAAAAAGUAAAACAUACUUCAGAGCUUGGGCUCGGAGCUUCUCCGCUUCUCUGAUGCAUCUCAUUGAGUGAGGUUUAAAAGUCCUGUCUUAUUCAUGGCUCCUAACUAGGUUCAAAGUCAAAAGUUCAGCCCUGGGAAUAGAGGAAGGUAGGAUAUCUUACUGUCAACAGUUUUGUUUGAGGUUCUCUAACUGUGUCUGGGAAGAGAGAUAAGGCCAUACCCAAGAUCAUAUGCAUUUUUUUCAGGCCUUAAGUGUAUUGUUAUCUUAACAUAAAAUACCUGUAAAUGAGGCCAGGCAUGGAGGCUCACACCUUUAAUCCCAGCACUUGGGAUGCAGAAGCAGGCAGAACUCUGUGAGCUUAGUCAGGGCCACACAGUGAGAACUUGUCUCAAAACAAACAAACAAACAAACAAAUGUAAAAAUAUCUGUAUAUGAAAAUCCUGGUAAGCGUCGGCACCCGUAGCACUGACUGUGCUGGGCCACUUGCUUUUUGCUGGCAAACGCAUUAACCCUGGUCCAGGAGGAGGUCCUGCCCUUGCUUCUCUUCACGUCAUUGGCCUGUGUCUCCACCCUGCCUCAGCUAGAUGCAGUCUGAUCACCUACUUGCUCUCAUAUAUGGUACCCCUUAGCCCUUCCCUGGAUGUGGGUGACCGAUCACCUGUACAAAGAACAGGACAGGAAGGCUUGGAGGAGUUCUAGAAACAGAGCCAAGUUUGUUGUUGACACUAGGUGGGGAAGAGCCAGAGUUCGUCCUUUGGUGAUGUGUCAGUCAGCUUACAACAGUAGUAACUGUGAGUCUGGCGUGUGUUGACUCAGACCACAGGGCCUGCUUGGUAAAGGGCUCCUGACAACAAGAUCACCUCAAGCCAACUUGAUUUUUUGAGAUAAUCUGUACCAUUUUCACCUCUUACCUCAACUAUUCAUUGUUUGUUCUUUGAGGCAAUAUAGUCUUGAUGAGACUAGAACUUGCUAUGUUGCCCAGGCUGGCCUUGAGCUCCUGGCUGUCUUAUUUCUUGGCCUCCAGGGUGCUGUCAACUUUAAUAUUCUGUGUGUGUGUGUGUCUGUGUGUGUGUGUGUCUGUGUGUGUGUGUCUUGCUAUGUCACCUAGGCUGACAUUGAAUUGGCCAUCCUCCUGUCUCUGCCUCCUAGGUUGGAGGAUCACAGGUGUGCAUGCUACACCCAGCUCCCCUUUGAGAUUUCAAAAGUCAUGUAUACAAACUUAAAAAAAAAAAUGCCUCCAUGUCCCAGCAACUACUCCCAUGGUAUACUGCUGACACUUGUGUCUACUGGCAAGGUGUCUUAGUGCUUGCCUCUAUCCUCUCUGGAGAAGCUGUGAGCUAGAGAUGGCUCUAUAGUUAAAAGCACUUGUUCUUGUUUGUUUGUUUAUUUCAAGACAGGGUUUCUCUGUAUAGUCCUGGCUGUCCUGGAACUCACUUUGUAGACCAGGCUGGCCUCAAACUCAGAAAUCCGCCUGCCUCUGCCUCCCGAGUGCCACUUGUUCUUGCACAGGUUCUGGGUUUGGCUCCUAGCAACCAGAUAGCGCCUUCCAGGAAACCUGACAUCCUCUUUGACCUUUGCAGGCACCAGGAAUGCAUAUGGUACACAUAGGCAUGCAUGUAAGCUAACUAUCAGAUGCAUAAAUAAAUUAUUUUAAAGAUAUAUUUAUUUUAUGUAUAUGAGUAUACUGUAGCUGUCUUCAGACACACCGGAAGAGGGCAUCAGAUCCCAUUACGGAUGGUUGUGAACCACCAUGUGGUUGCUGGGAAUUGAACUCAGGACCUCUGAAAGAGCAGUCUUAUCCACUGAGCCAUCUCUCUAGCCCACCCCGUCCCCUUUUUUUUAAAAAAGAAAUGCCAUAUUUUGUCUGGUUCUAGAUCAGCCAGGGCUCCUGUUUCAAAAAACAAACAAACAAACUAAACAGAAUAUCCUAUUUUAUGUAUUUAUUAUUUAAUACAAAAUGAGGUGAUAGAAGCCACCUGAGGGCCAGGCCUGUCGCUAUUGUGGGGGCAAGGGACAGGCUGGGCUUCCUACCAAGAGAAAACUGAAAUGCUUGCCAGCCCUGUAUCAAGCUUUCUGUCAAGCCCAUAGUAUGUUUGGUUUGUGCUAUUCCUUUGAACUGUGAAUGACACCCUGGUGUGAGGUUGAAUUAAUGUCUUCAGAGCAUUGGGGAGAUCUGAGGAGAAGGUAUCACAGGAGACAAUUUGUCAUGGUGAACUGCUGUGGAACAGCUGGAUUGAGCAGCAUAGGCUUACAGAGCUCUGGCUGCCAAGAUGGGAGGAGAGGAGGGUGCUGCAGCUGAUUGGUUGCCUGGGGAUUUCUCAGCCAAGGUCUCAGGAAUGGUGACACUGUGUUCCAUAUGUGUUUACCUCUUCUGCUGGCACUCCCUGGAGCCCAGAUCACAGCCCAUCACAUCGGAAGUUUCUUCCUGUCUUGUCCUGCCCAAAAGAACAGCUUCACCCCCAGGAGCUACUACAGCCAGCAGUGACUUGGCUGCAGGACCUGGCCACUGACCAUCUUUUUCAGACUGAUAUUUUUACUCCUUGUCAUUGAAGUUGUCAGCUGAUUGCAUGAGCCCCAAAGCCUCUGCCCAAAGCCUUGAUCCAGACACCCCUGAUAGACUGUCUCAAAUUGUUAGCUCUCCAGCUGGGAAGUCAGAAAAACAUCACUCCUGUUCCUUUGUGUGUGCCCCACAUUGCCACCUUUCUGUUCACAUACCCUGCUUGCUUUUUUUCAAGGUCCUGGGUUAUGUUGCACGGUGCUCAGGUAAAUAAGACAGUCCACUUGUGCUCUGCCCUGUGCCUCUGUGUUCUGUGCCAUGACAUCGGCUCAUUCUCUCUUGGUUUCUGCUGCAUAUAUCAGUAUGGGGAGAGCAAGGUUUCUGAGUUUUCUUCUAGGGCUCUUUGGAAGUAGGCAGCUUUCUUUGUCUUGAAACAUGCCAACGGCAGGCACACAGGUUUUCAGCAUCAUACUUGAUGGAUUCUAUUAGGAAGCCAGUCCAUUCACAGGCAGAGACAAAAGCCACUGCUGUCGCCCAGGCAUCUGCUUCUUCUUGUCACAACACUGUCCCUGAGACCAGAUGGUUCUGUCUGCCUUCUGACACCAUGGACAGGUCUUGCUUAUAUCUAGUCUGUAAUGGUUAUUCCUGGUUGUCAAGUUGUCUAUAUCUGGAAUGAGCUACCGUCCAGAAUUGGAGGGCUCACAUGUGAUCCAGAUCAUGAGGCUGGAAGACACAAGUUUCUGACCUGGAUCUUGGCAUGAAGAUCUUGAAUGGAUCUGAAAGCCCACUAGAUCUUAGGCCCAGAUAGGGUAGUACACACCUUUAUCUUUUUAUUUUUUUAAAAGAUUUAUUUAUUAUUAUACAUAGGUACAGUGUAACUGACUUGAGACGCAUCAGAAGAGAGCAUCAGAUUUCAUUACAGGUGGCUGUGAGCCACCAUGUGGUUGCUGGGAUUUGAACUCAGGAUCUUCUGAAGAGCAGUCAGUGCUUACAGGCUGAGCCAUCUCACCAGCCCAAUACAUACCUUUAAUCUCAGGAGACUAAGGCAAGAUCUCUGAGUUCAAGGUCAGCCUGGGACAAAAUUUGUUCUGGAUCCAGGUAUGGUGGUACACACCUUUAAUCUGGGCCACACCUUCUGCUGGAGACCUACAUAAGGACAUUGGAAAGAAAAAUUCGUUCUUCUUCGUUUGCUUGCAUUUACUUCCAGCACAUCUCUUGCAGUCUACUUCUACAGAAGACCAGCUGAAACAACUAGCCUCGUAGGACUGAGCAACUACUAGAUUCUUGGACUUCCCAUUUACAGCUGACCAUUGUUGGGGUAGUUGAACUACAGACUACCUUGUGACCGUGUGAGCAAAGCCACCCUUGCAACCCAUGUGCAUCAUCUUCUUUAAGUUUGAUCCUCGUCCUGUUUCCAAAAAUGCAUACAGGCUCAUCUUGGCAGCCAACAGAGAUGAAUUCUAUAACAGGCCGUCCAAGUUGGCAGACUUCUGGGGGAACAACAGUGAGAUCCUCAGUGGGCUCGACAUGGAGGAAGGCAAGGCAGGAGGAACAUGGCUGGGCAUCAGCACACGUGGGAAGCUGGGGGCACUCACCAACUACCUACAGCCCCGGCAAGAGCCAGACGCCCGUGGUAGAGGUGAACUUGUGUCUCACUUUCUGACCAGUGACAUGGACAGCCUGUCCUACCUGAAGAAGGUCUCUACAGAGGGCCACCUGUAUAACGGCUUUAACAUCAUAGCAGCUGACCUGAGCACGUCAAAAGGAGAUGUUGUUUGCUACUAUGGAAACCGGGGGGAGCCUGAGCCUAUUGUCUUGACACCAGGAACCUAUGGGCUAAGCAAUGCCCUGCUGGAGACGCCCUGGAAGAAGCUGUGCUUUGGCAAACAACUCUUCAUGGAAGCAGUGGAGCAGAGCGAAGCACUCCCUAAGGACGUCCUUGUCACUCAGCUCCUAGAUGUCCUCAACAAUGAGGAGGCACAGCUGCCAGACCCAGCCAUUGAGGACCAGGGCCAGGAGUAUGUACAGCCAAUUCUGAACAAGUAUGCAGCUGUGUGUGUCCGCUGUGCCACCUAUGGCACCAGAACCAACACCAUCAUCCUUGUGGAUGCAAAUGGCCACGUGACCUUCACUGAACGGAGCAUGCUGGACAAAGACACCUCUCGCUGGGAGACCAACACCUAUGAGUUCACACUACAGAGUUAGCCCCUGCCAGGUUCCAAGGAUGCUGUUCCUGAAGGGCCAGCGUGGACAGGAACCUUUCACGGCCACUCUGCAGGUCUGUGGCUCAGCCAGCACCCCUAGGACCAGGUUGUUCUGAUUUGUGUCCUCAUACUCAGCUCAGGGUCUCUCUUUGUACCAAUGGAGAACGACAGAGUUAAAUACUAGGCGUGAGUCAGGCCUGGGUAUGCCGUAUGUGAACACACAGACCUGUUUGUUGCUCAACCCCACUGCCACUGUGUGCACCUGACUGAUGAGUAGGAUCAUGCCUCUCACCUCACACGUUUGGGCAGUGGGUCUCAUCCAUGGACGGGUAACAAAAGCAGACUCUUUACAGAAACUGGAGAUCCUGUAUUUGUUUGUGUUCAUAUGUGUUCGGUGGUUCUUCAUAUACGAGGACCCUGUGUGCAUUUUCUCAGUCCUGUAGUGUGGACCCUGGGAUCUCUUAGACCCCUGCUUGCCCAGGAUUGUGGGUUCUGAGCAAGACAUCUUCAACCAGUCCCGUCCAUCUCCCAUUGCCCUUGUUAUGGUAUACACCAUAGGAAUGUGAACUUGAAUGUGCACAGUUGAUAAUAAAUCUUUGAAGUUGUAA